UUGUUUUUUUCGGCGUUCGAGUAUUAAAACAUUUAUCUAAGAACGUACAGUCGUACUGCUUCACUCCACUUUCAGCCACCCAACAACGAAGAUGUCAUCGGAAUCAGUGAUGUUUGAAAACUCCACCCGGACCUACUCACAGGAUCUGGAGGAAUUGCUAAUGAAGCAGAGAGAUGCCAGGACAAAAGACUGGUUUCUGGCCGAGUCGUUAACGCCGCUAUUUGCCAUUUUGGGAGUGUAUUUGGCGUUCUGCAUCUACGUUGGACCGCGCAUAAUGCGCAAUCGCAAACCAUUCGAAUUGAAGAAUACCCUGAUAGUCUAUAAUGCCCUACAGGUCGUUUUCAGUGCUGUGCUUGUCUAUGAGUUCUAUGUCUCCGGCUGGGGCCACUACAAUUACAAAUGUGAAGCUGUAAACUAUGGUACCGAUCCAAAAUCAAUGAGGAUGGCUAGAGCGGUAUAUCUGUACUAUAUUGCCAAACUUACGGAAUUACUGGAUACGGUCUUCUUUGUUUUGCGCAAAAAAGAACGUCAAAUUAGUUUCCUGCAUUUGUAUCAUCAUGCCUCGAUGCCUUUGGCAACUCUAAUUGGGGUUCAAUAUUUCGCAGGUGGUCAAGGUACAAUUGUCUGCUUGGUCAACUCCUUCAUUCACAUCAUUAUGUAUGCCUACUAUAUGCUGGCAGCUAUGGGUCCCAAAGUUCAGAAAUAUUUGUGGUGGAAGAGGUACCUUACCAUUCUGCAAAUUGUCCAAUUUGUCAUUGUCUUUAUUUCCACCAUCCAAAUCCAAUUCCAACCAAACUGUGCCUAUAACAAAAUCAUUAGUAUCGGCUUGACCCUGAAUGCUAGUCUCUUCAUUUACUUGUUUUCGGCAUUCUACGUCGAAAGCUAUAAGAAGGAGAACAAAAAGAAGAUCACCAAUGGUGAUGUCACCAAAAAAGCCGCUGUUCUCAAACAAGAUUAGAUUAAAUUCCGCUCUCCAUCGACUUAGUUAUAAUUCCAUUUUAGUCAUAUAUUAGGUGUAACAUAAUGAUACAAUGUAGAAAUAAAUAUAAUUACUGUAGAAAAAAAUUGAA